CGCGGCGGCAUGCGGCGGGCAUGGAGGCGAGCGGGCCGCGGCGGCGGCUGGUGCACCUGGACAUGAAGGGCGCGCCGCCCCGCGCCCCGUACCUGGCGGAGGUGCUGCCGCUGCUCCGCGCCCUGGGCGCUACCGGGCUGCUGCUGGAGUACGAAGACACGUUCCCCUACGCGGGGCCGCUGGCGCGGCUGAGGGCCCCGCACGCCUACAGCCUCGGCGAGCUGAGGGCGGUGCUGAGCCAGGCCAGGGCGCAGGGGCUGGAGGUGGUGCCGCUGGUGCAGAGCUUCGGGCACAUGGAGUUUGUGCUGAAGCACAAAGAGUUCGCUCACCUCCGAGAGGUGAAGGUGUUUCCCAAUGCCCUCAAUCCACACAAGGAGGAGUCGCGGGUGCUGGUCAAAGCCAUGAUUGACCAAGUCAUGGCACUACACGAAGACUUAAAAUGGUUUCACAUCGGAUGCGAUGAGGUCUACUACCUGGGCGAAGGAGAGGAGUCAAAGCAGUGGCUGCAGCAACAAGACAACACCCCAGAGAAGCUGUGCUUAUCCCACAUAAAAGCAGUUGCAAGUUGUGUGGCCUCAUCCUACCCCGCUGUGACGCCCAUCGUGUGGGAUGAUAUGCUCAGAGGGAUAAGUGAGGAAACAUUGGCAGAGUCUGGGGUCCCACAGCUUGUGCAGCCAAUGAUCUGGGAUUAUGCAGCUGACCUGGACGUGGAGGGCAAAGUGCAUCUCGUUGAGAAGUAUCAUAGAUGUGGCUUUUCCAAGGUGUGGUUUGCUAGUGCUUUUAAAGGAGCUACAGGAGUGAACCAGUCUCUGACACUUAUUGGACACCACUUAAAAAACAAUCUUCAGUGGCUGGAAGUGGCAAGCAAUAGUCCCACUGAUGUCCUUGAAGGUAUCGCGCUGACUGGCUGGCAAAGGUAUGAUCACUUCUCUGUUUUGUGUGAGCUUCUCCCUGUGGCAAUUCCAUCAUUGGCUGUAUGUCUGCAGACACUAAAGAAUGGUGGUUAUUCUGAAAAGAUUAAAGAAAAUGUGGAAAAGCUCCUGGGAAUGUCCAGCCUGGAAACUGAUACUUUCAUAAGCACAAGUCCGGGGACUUUUCCUGGGAGUGAUAUCCUUACUCUUGUGGCGCAAGUUAGUUUCUACCUCAAGCCAUCAGUGGACGAACUUCUUGACAGGAACAGAUAUGUCACAGGCUGGUUCAGCCCCUACCACAGAAAAAGGAAGAUUAUUCACCCUAUAAUAAUGCAUCACUUUCAGCCAGAUGCAGUAAGUCUUCUUGCCAAAUGGAAUGGUGUGGUGCAAGACCUCCAAGCAGCCAUGGAGCAAGUUUUCCACAAGUGUACUGUAGAGGAGUGGAUGGAGGAGAACGUCCACCCCAGCCUACAGAAGCUGCAGCAGGUGGUGGAUGAUUUAGAUAAAGCAAUAAAAGCACAGAAUUAGGGGCAUUUCAAUUAGCUUGUCUUAUUCCAUGACAAAACCGGGCUAGUGGAAAUCAGCAACUAGACAUAGAGCUACAGUUUGUCAUCUUGAGAGUUGAAGCAAGAACCGUGAUUAAACAUAAGUGACCUGAAGGCAUAAAGGAAUUUGUUAGCAUGAUAGGCUUCAACUCUAUUUUAAUUUUCCUGUCUUAACACAUUGCUGAGCCUUUAGUCACUUGCCCUCUAAGUCAGAUGUGCUCCCCUUGCAUAACAGAUUGCAAGAGCUAUAAUACAAGGCAGGAGAAAAACCCAUUUUCUUCCAAAUUCAGUAUUUGUAGUAAUAGACUUUCUUACAUAACAAUGACCUGGAAAAGUUCUACAAGUUCUACUCUGGUCAGGAGCCAACAUGUCCUCCCUCUGCAAUUUCCAUAAAAAGAGAGAUUCAGGAUCAUUUAAACGUGCUUUAGGUCCUUAUGUUCUGUACUGUGUUCAGAGAUGUGUCCUGUUCCAUCAGGAAAAGUCCUUCUACAACAUAGAGCAGUUGACUUGUUCCAGAUUUUGUUUUGGACUUUUUUAGUCUUGGAAAUACGUCAAACAAUUGGUCUUAAAUCCAGCUCUGAUUAGCUUGGCAUCAGGGAAUUAACAUAUGACUUGUUGCAGAAGUCUGAGCAAGGAACUGCUGUCUAGAUGCUCCCAAGCUUACAGCACAUGGAUGAAAAAGGACACGUACCGUCACAGUACAGCACAAGAGGGAGCUCCAGAAAAGGACCCUGUUACCAAUAGUGAAGGUGACACUUGGACUUUGAGGGAGAACUGCCUUAACACAGUGGGCUUGGCUUUUUACCAGUGCAUCAUCUAAACUAAGCCUAGUUUCAUCCCCGCAGAAAAGCACCAUCCCAGUCAGUUUAAGGUUCUGUAAAACCUGAGUGAGACUGCAGAUUAAUCUAAGUUUGAAGCAUAACUCAAGUCUACUGACUAUAAGAAAAAGGCGAAGUUUUAGUCUGCUCUAAUGUUGAACUUCUAAUAGUGUACAGCAAUAUAUUUUAUGGACUUAACUGGACCAUUAAGAUAAUUACAAGGGAAAGUAAUUCAAAAGCCUGCUAGUUAACUACACUACUACGAAUAUUCAAAAUGUUCUUUACUUGUUUGCUUCAUUUAUUGCUUUCUUGAAAGUCUUCUUUUGGAAGCACAGGUAUUGAAAUUUCAUUGGAACCAUCUAUUAUAAUAAAGAGUAUAGCUCUAGGUACAGAAAGUACAAGUACAGCAUAAGACAAAUCUUAUUUAAAUGAGAGCUACAGGAGUUAGGUCCACAUAUGGAUUUUUAUUUUAAAAGAAUCAAUUGCUAUGUAUACCUUAAUUACAAAGGUCACAUACCUUGAACUAAAGAUUUUAAUUUAUUUUGCUUUAAUAAAUACUUUGCUACUCAAAA